AUGAUUACUGUAAACAUAGUGGAUGAUAAUCGAAUAGUUAGAAAUUUACAACUUUGGAGUAAAGGAACAUUUCCAUUCACAAAUGAUGAAGAAUUCCAACGUGUAAAUUAUGUAAAAUAUAAUGAGAUCCCUCUUGUACUCAUUCAAGGUAAGCCGAUAGACGUAUAUUGUUCAAUCCAAGAUUCAGUGGACUAUGUUGCUGAUAAUGUAUUAAGGUAUAAAGAUUUAGGACUUUUAUGUAAAAGUAAGCUGAAUGAAAAUGUUUAUUUGAUUUUUUAUGUUCAAGACAUGAAGUUGAAGACUUUAUUGUUGGAUUUUUCCUUAAUCAUAAAAAUUCUAGGUAUCAAUAAAUCCUAUGAUAAUGAAACCAAUUAUAUAUUGGACUUGAAGACCAAAUCAUCGGAUACAAAUGUUUUUGAUAGAGUAUUGGAGAAAAAGAAGCGACCCAAAUCAACUACUCCAACCGUUCAAGACAAAGGAGAUCAAAUUAAUACUACUGUUACAAAAGUUAUACUAUCGGGUUUAAGAUUGAGAGGUUUAUCUAAUUCAAGUAAGGACAAAAUCAAGAUCAAAGAGAUAUAUCAAAUGACAUACAAAUCAACACUUUUCGCUUUAAGGAAGUUUAAUAGAGAAGUGAAAUUAAACGAUAUUCAAGAUACAGUGGAAAAAUUAUUACAAAUCUUCGUUGAUGUUGACAUAGAUGAGGAUUCUCCAUUCAAGGAAUAG